AUGUCAUCAUUUGAGGCCCAGGGCCAGUCUCCUCCUCGGUGUGGCCCGCAGUUCCCUAGCCUCGGCCAGGAGCCCCCUGAACUCAGCAUGUACAGUGACUGUUACUACCCUCCUCCCUCGCUGCCAAGCCCUCAGCGCACCACGCCAACCUCUUACGAACUGAGCGACUACACCACCUCCUCCCCAAACCCCUACCUUUGGUUCAAUGGCUCUGGGAUCAACACACCACCAUACCUGGCUACCACCGGCCCACCUGGGAACCCUGGUCCUCCAUUUGUCCCUCAGCACUAUGGCAUGCAGAGGCCUUACCUGGGUCCUGCUGGUGCUGGAGGUCCAGGAGGGGAGCUGAGCUGGUUCUCCCUACCCUCACAAGAAGACUUGAUGAAGCUCGUCAGGCCCCCUUAUUCCUACUCCGCUCUCAUUGCCAUGGCUAUCCACGGAGCACCAGACAGGAGAUUGACACUGAGUCAGAUUUACCAGUACGUCGCUGAUAACUUCCCUUUCUACAACAAGAGUAAAGCAGGCUGGCAGAAUUCCAUCAGACACAACCUGUCACUCAAUGACUGCUUCAAAAAAGUACCAAGAGAUGAGGACGAUCCAGGUAAGGGCAACUACUGGACCCUUGACCCCAACUGUGAAAAGAUGUUCGACAAUGGAAACUUCCGCCGCAAAAGGAAGAGGAAGUCUGACUCCCUCUCCGGUGGCGAAGGUGGUUCUGGGGCCCCUGAGUCAGGUGACAGUGAGAGGGGCAGCCCUAAACACUCUGGCAACCAAGCCCUUAACAUCUCUCCCACAGCGGACAGGAUUCCCUCCCCUUCAUCAUCAGGUCCCGCACCUUGUCUGAGCAGCUUCUUAUCAGAAAUGUCUGGGGUGACCGCAGGAGCAGCUAAUGAGGUAGGAGGUGAUGGGUUAAACCGGCCGCUGCCGAUCAACCUUCCUAUAGAUGGGCCGCAUAGGCACACGCAGCCUGGAAGCUUUAGUAGCUACUCUCCUAACUCAGCGGGCCCAGAGUGGGUACCACAAGUGCCAGCUCCCAGCGUUCUCUCCUCUUCACCCACCCAGUCCUCCCUAGCAUACACCAGCCCCAUCCUCAGCCAGUACAGCGGGUCCAGUGGGCAUUUCUAUCCUCCACUGGGCUCGACAGGAAUCAUCUAUCAUCGUGAGGGCACAGAGGUUUAA